AUGAGCAGCUCGAGCAUCAAGCGCGACAUCAUCACGGCCAACUCGCUCGUCGUCGGGCUCCAGGCCAGCGUCGUCUCGGCCGCCACGAUGGGCGCCGUCGUGUUCGCCGCCAACCAGACCUCGGCCACAUUCCGCAACCGCCUCGGCCUCAGCGGCAAACUUGGCUUCGUCGCCAUGGCGGGCCUCGCGGGCUUCUUCAUUGCGGGCGAGCAGGACCUCCUUAAGGGCAGCCGCAACCCGGACGCGUACAUCGCCGAGCUCGAGGGCAAUACGACUGCCACGGCCACCGUCGCGUCGACGCGCAAGUCGCUCGGUCUGCACCACCAGCUCGCCAACUACGUGUACGACAACCCGUUCAAGAGCCUCACGUGCAUGGCGACGCCGCUCGUCGGGUUCAUCUACCUCGACCAGAGCCGCAACGCCAACAUCCAGUUCUCGCAGAAGAUCAUGCACACGCGCAUUUACGGCCAAGGCGCCUGCGUCGUCUUGCUGCUGAGCACGAUGGCGUUCCACGACUACAUGUCCAAGCGCGGGCACUUUGAGUAA